AUGGUGAACAAUAACUAUAUGAGGACUCUAGAGAGAAAUUCAACGGGGAAAGCAGUGGGAGUGCAUGAAGUUGAUGGUUACACCGCAUUGGCUGCUCAACUCUCCACCAUUCAAAAGCAAUUGGGAGUUGCUCUAAAGUUGAAGGAGGUAAGGAAGGAAGACAAAACAAAGGAAAAACUCGAAGAAGAAAAAGAGGGCACAGGAGAAAAAAAUGUCAAAAAUGCCCAAGCUUCGACAAACAAUCACUCGACACUCCCGUAUCCUUAUAGAGUGAAAAAACAGAGAUUGGAUAAGCAAUUCGAUAAGUUUAUGGACAUGUUUAGAACUUUACACAUUAACAUUCCUUUUGUAGACAUGUUGGAGCAAAUGCCGAAGUACGCAAAGUUUUUGAAGGAGAUUAUCACCAACAAGAGGAGGUUUGAAGAACAUGAGACGGUGAUGCUUACGGAAGAGUGUAGCACAUUGCUAUUGAAGAAAUUACCACAAAAGCUCAGAGAUCCAGGGAGUUUCACAAUUCCUUGCACAAUAGGUAAUGUUCAUUUUGAUAAAGUUUUAUGUGACUUAGGGGCUAGUGUUAACCUUAUGUCAUUUUCGAUUUAUAAGAAACUAGGCCUAGGGGAAGUAAAACCAACCACAGUCCAUCUUCAACUAGCUGAUAGGUCUAUAAAAUACCCCAGGGGAGUAGUAGAAGAUGUAUUGAUCAAGGUAGAUAAGUUGAUUUUCCCGGUGAAUUUUAUUGUUCUUGACAUAGAAGAAGAUUGGGAAGUACCUCUAAUUCUAGGAAGACCUUUUCUAGCUAUGGGUAGAACGCUGAUAGAUGUUCAUAAAGGAAAACUAAUCUUGAGGGUAGAGGAUGAACAAGUUGAAUUUAAUGUUUUUGAUCCUAUGAAAUGUCCACCCAAGUUAGAUACUUGCUUUGAGAUUAGCAUCCUUGAUGAUAAAGUAGCUGCGAUCUUAGAAGAAAAACACCCUCGUUUACCCCUAGAAAAAUAUGUUGUCAAUUUUAGGACGUUGGAGGAGGAAAUUGAGAAUAAGAGGGAAAGAGAGCAAUUGAAACUUUAUGUAGAUGGUGGCAUUACGGAUAGAAGGGUUUGGAUUUUCCUAGAUGAUCCAGAUUGA